AUGGUCGGGAAGGACGUAGUCGGGGAGGACGUGGUCGAGACGGACGUGGUCGAGAUGGACGUGGUCGAGAUGGACGUGGUCGAGGAGGAUGUGGUCGAGGAGGAUGUGGUUGGGAAGGACGCGGUGGAGAAAGUUGACAACAGCGAGCGUUAUGUUGGAGCGAAUGUACGAUGCAAAGGACCGACUAUUCCAAGCGGCGAGCUGUGUCAAUACAGACCCAGCUGCCAGGAUGCAGUCAUAGAUCUGCAGGGGAAGUGA